AUGGAUCUAAUUCAGUCCUACGACGAAGAAGCCGUUUCUUCCUCGCCGGAAUCUUCGCCGCCUCGUAUGCUGAAGGCGAAAUCAUCGGCGCCGGAGGUAGACGAUACGGCACUAGCUCUGACGCUCUGGGCUCCGAUCUACGGCCCUGCGCACCCGUACGCCAAAGACGGGAUCGCGCAGGGGAUGCGGAACCACAAGCUAGGGUUUGUGGAGGACGCGUCGAUUGGCUCCUUCGUGUUCGACGAGCAGUACAACACUUUUCACAAGUACGGUUACGCGGCAGAUCCGUCCGGGUUGAAUUACGUCGGCGAUAUGGAGGCGUUGAAGCAGAACGACGGUGGUUCUGUCUACAAUAUCCCGCAGAGCGAGCAGAAGCGGAGGAAGCUUGAGAUGAAGAAGGAGGAAGAAGGAAAAGAAAGAGCUUGA